AUGGACUGCCCCAUCCCCCAAGACCAGCUCGACGAGAUCUACGCCUUCGCGAUCGACAUCGCCCGCAAAGCAGGCCAGCUCCUCCUAGAACGCAUCGACCAGCGCAACACCGAGCAGGCGUACGAAGAGAAAGACAAUGCAGUAGACUUGGUGACACAGGCAGAUGAGGACGCCGAAUCUUUAAUCAAAACCGCCAUUCAGACUAAAUACCCGGACCACCGAUUCCUCGGCGAGGAAACAUACGCAAAGGGCCAGUCGCGCGACUACCUUAUAGAUGAGAAGCCGACGUGGUGUGUUGAUCCAUUAGAUGGAACCGUAAACUUCACACACGCCUUCCCCAUGUUCUGCGUCUCAAUCGGCUUCAUCGUAAACCACAAACCCGUGAUCGGCGCCAUUUACGCACCCCUCCUCGAUCAACUCUUCUCAUCCUGCCUAAACCGCGGCGCAUGGCUAAACGAGAAGCGACAGCUGCCGAUAAUCCGCAACCCAUCUAUCCCGCCGCUCCCUGCGACGGCGCCGUCGAAAUGUAUCUUUGCGUGUGAGUGGGGGAAGGAUCGUCGCGAUAUCCCCGAUGGGAAUCUGGCGAGGAAAAUCGAGAGUUUUGUCAAUCUGGCGAGUGAGCGCGGGUCGAGGAGUGGGAAGGGCGGGAUGGUGCAUGGAGUGAGGAGUUUGGGGAGUGCGACGAUGGAUCUGGCGUAUACGGCUAUGGGGAGUGUGGAUAUUUGGUGGGAGGGAGGGUGUUGGGAGUGGGAUGUGGCUGCUGGUAUUGCAAUCUUGCUUGAAGCUGGGGGAUUGGUCACGACGGCGAAUCCGCCCGAGGAUAUAGAUGGGCCGAUUGAGCCGGUCAGGCUGGGGAGUCGGUUGUAUUUGGCUAUCCGACCCGCCGGUCCAUCAGCAACAGAGACAGGGCGAGAGACGCAGGAACGGACAGUGCGAGAAGUCUGGCGGCGGGUGCGCCAGCUAGAUUAUUCUAGACCGCAAUCAUAA